UACGGUAGUGGGCGGGGCCUAGCGAUCCGGGUCCCGCGGGCGCGCCGGCUUCACGGCGAGGCUGUCUGUCGUCAUGGUGGGGCCGUGGGUGUACCUGGCGGCGGCGGUUUUGCUUAUCGGCCUUAUCCUCUUCCUGACUCGCAGCCGGGGUCGGGCGGCAGCAGCUGGUGGUGAACCACUGCACAAUGAGGAAGAGCGGGCUGCAGCAGGCCAGGUAGCUCAGCCGGGGCCGCGGGAGUCUGAGGAGCAGAGAACUGGAGGCCGGCCACGGCGGCGGAGGGACUUGGGCAGCCGUCUCCAGGCCCAGCGUCGAGCCCAGCGAGUGGCCUGGGCAGAAGUGGAUGAGCAUGAAGAUGAAGCUGUUAUUCCAGCCCAGGAGGAAGAAGGCAUUGAGAAGCCAGCAGAAGCUCACCCAACAGGGAAAAUUGGAGCCAAGAAACUACGGAAGCUAGAGGAAAAACAGGCUCGAAAAGCCCAGCGUGAGGCAGAGGAGGCUGAACGUGAGGAACGAAAACGCCUAGAAUCCCAACGAGAAGCCGAAUGGAAGAAGGAAGAGGAGCGGCUUCGCCUGCAGGAAGAGCAGAAGGAGGAGGAAGAGAGAAAGGCUCGGGAGGAGCAGGCCCGGCGGGAGCAUGAGGAGUACCUGAAACUGAAGGAGGCCUUCGUGGUCGAGGAGGAAGGUGUCAGCGAAACCAUGACCGAGGAGCAGUCUCACAGCUUCCUGACAGAAUUCAUCAAUUACAUUAAGCAGUCCAAGGUUGUGCUUUUGGAAGACCUGGCUUUCCAGAUGGGUCUGCGGACUCAGGACACCAUAAGCCGCAUCCAAGACCUACUCUCCGAGGGAGCUCUAACAGGUGUGAUUGACGACCGGGGCAAGUUCAUCUACAUAACCCCAGAGGAACUGGCUGCCGUGGCCAAUUUCAUCAGACAGCGGGGCCGGGUGUCCAUCACUGAGCUUGCCCAGGCCAGCAACUCCCUCAUCUCCUGGGGCCAGGACCUUCCUGCCCAGGCUUCAGUCUGACUCCAGCCUUGACUUGAAUGUAUCCUGUGGCCUCCAUGCAUCACUAGACUUCCUGCCAUCUUGGGGCAGGGAUGCAAUAUGACCAGAAAGUUGUGAGUUAGAGGCCUCUGAGUGCUACUGAACUUCUGUGGCUUGGUGUAGAAGGCCUGGCCUGGGAUCUCAGAGAAGCAAAUGAAAUCUACAUCUCGGGCUGUAUCUUAGAGGUGAGAGGGUCCCUUAUGAGGUGGCAGGAGUCCUGUUUCAUUAAAAACAAACUAUUACACAUUUAUUGUAUUCGUUUGUGCCCUGCAAGCCCAGCUCCCUCGAUGAGUUCCCUUCUGGGGCAGAGCAAAGUGCAGAUAGGAGAGUCUCUGAGGCCACACCUCCUCCAGUUGGUGAAGUCUCACCGUCUUAUUUACAGACCCAGGAGUUCCAAGUAGAGCCAGGAGCCCUAAGGAAAAGAGUUACUGAGAAAUGCCAAGGAUAGAGACCUGGAGAGCUAGGUCUCACUCUGUAGCUUCUGAAAGGGAGGUCUCUGGAAGAAGGACUUGUCAGCUGCUUCUAAGACAGGAAGAGGAAGAAAGCCCGUUUGGACUGGGUGUCAUUGUUCUGACCACACAGCACAUGGACUCAGCCCUGAAUCCUCAACCAAAAAAGCUCUGAGUGGCGUGGGUGAUUCCACCCGCAGGAGGAUGAGGAACAUAUGCUCAGAAGUGGGUGUGGGAUGAGAUGUGUGUCUCUUGCAGGGUCGUUUGCUCUGGUUCCCGUGGGCUGUCAUACUAUACUGAGAAUAAGACACAGACACAUUAUUUUAUUUUAUGUGUA